GGCUGCCGGCAGUUCUCCUGCCCGACGGAACGAGCGCCGCUGCGGGCGCGCGGGGAGCAGAGGCGGUGGCGGGCGGCGGCGGCACCGGGAGCCGCCAAGUGCCCCUCCCCGCCCCUCCGGCCCCCCACCCACCCACCCGCCUGCGGCCAGCGCCCAUGGCCGCGCGCGCCUCGCGCAGCCCCCCGGACUCCGCGCCCUGUGCCGCCGCCCAGUCCGCAGAUCCGCGCCACCGCGGCCAGUCUCACCUGGCGGCGCCGCCCGCCCGCCACCCCGGCCACAGCCCCAGCUCUCCCGGCGACGGCCGCGGCGACGGCGAUAGCGGCGGGGGACUCUGCUGAGUCGAAGACAGCAGCCCGGCCACCGGACCUACUUAACUCGCCUUGCUGAUUUUCCAUUUUUAUAAGAGUUGACGACUUUUUAAGAACUUUUGUAUACAAAGGAACUUUUUUUAAAAAAAACAACAACAGGCAUCUACCAUUUAUAUUUAAUCCAAAGAAGAAGGAUCUCGGGCAAUUUGGGGUUUUGGUUUUGACUUCGUUUCUAAGUCUUUUUUUUCCCCUCUUCGUUUGACUUUGGGGUUCGGGUAUCCCCACUGCUUCGGCCUCCCGAGGACCUUCUGGGCCCCCACAUUAAUGAGGCAGCCACCUGGCGAGUCUGACAUGGCUGUCAGCGACGCACUGCUCCCGUCCUUCUCCACGUUCGCGUCCGGCCCGGCGGGAAGGGAGAAGACACUGCGUCCAGCAGGUGCCCCGAAUAACCGCUGGCGGGAGGAGCUCUCCCACAUGAAGCGACUUCCUCCUCUGCUUCCCGGCCGCCCGUACGACCUGGCAGCGGCGACCGUGGCCACCGACCUGGAGAGCGGCGGCGUCGGGUCGGCUUGCGGCGGCAGCAACCCGGCGCUCCUUCCCCGGAGAGAGACGGAGGAGUUCAACGAUCUCCUGGACCUGGACUUUAUCCUCUCCAACUCGCUGUCCCAUCAGGAGUCCGUGGCUGCCACCGUGUCCUCGUCGGCGUCGGCCUCCUCGUCGUCCUCCCCGUCGAGCAGCGGCCCGGCCAGUGCGCCCUCCACCUGCAGCUUCAGCUACCCGAUCCGGCCCGAGGGCGGCCCGGGCGUGGCACCCGGCAGCACCGGCGGCGGUCUGCUCUACGGCCGCGAGUCUGCGCCCCCUCCCACGGCUCCUUUCAACCUGGCGGACAUCAACGACGUGAGCCCCUCGGGCGGCUUCGUGGCCGAACUCCUGCGGCCCGAGUUGGACCCAGUGUACAUUCCGCCGCAACAGCAGCCGCCGCCAGGUGGCGGGCUGAUGGGCAAGUUUGUGCUGAAGGCGUCGCUGAGUGCCCCCGGCAGUGAGUACGGCAGCCCGUCGGUCAUCAGUGUUAGCAAAGGCAGCCCGAACGGCAGCCACCCGGUGGUGGUGGCGCCCUACAGCGGCGGGCCGCCGCGCAUGUGCCCCAAGAUUAAGCAGGAGGCGGUCUCUUCGUGCACGGUCGGCCGGCCCCUGGAGGCCCACUUGGGCACGGGACCUCCUCUCAGCAACGGCCACCGGCCGACGGCGCACGACUUCCCCCUGGGGCGGCAGCUCCCCAACAGGACUACCCCGACCCUGGGAGCCGAGGAACUGCUGAGCAGCAGGGACUGUCAUCCUGCCCUGCCGCUGCCCCCGGGCUUCCACCCCCACGCGGGGCCCAACUACCCACCCUUCCUGCCAGACCAGAUGCAGCCGCAGGUCCCACCACUCCAUUACCAAGAGCUCAUGCCACCCGGGUCCUGCAUGCCAGAGGAGCCCAAACCUAAGAGGGGGAGAAGGUCGUGGCCCCGGAAAAGGACAGCCACUCACACUUGUGAUUAUGCGGGUUGCGGCAAAACCUACACGAAGAGUUCUCAUCUCAAAGCACACCUGCGAACCCACACAGGUGAGAAACCUUACCACUGUGACUGGGAAGGCUGUGGGUGGAAGUUUGCCCGCUCAGAUGAACUGACCAGGCACUACCGAAAACACACUGGGCACCGCCCCUUCCAGUGCCAGAAGUGCGACCGGGCAUUCUCUAGGUCGGACCACCUCGCCUUACACAUGAAGAGGCACUUUUAAAUCCCCAAACAGUGGAUGUGACCCACACUGCCAGAAGAGAAUUCAGUAUUUUUUUUUUCCCUUUUACACGGUCUUCCCAAUGAGGGGAGGAGCCCAGCUGGAAAGCACUACAAUCAUGGUCAAGUUCCCAGCAAGUCAACUUGUGAAUGGAUAAUCAGGAGACGGGAGGAAGCCCAAAGACAAAUCAAUGAACAGAUGGGGUCUGUGACUGGAUCUUCUAUCAUUCCAAUUCUAAACCCGACUUGAAUAUUCCUGGACUUACAAAACGCCAAGGGGGUGACUGGAAGCUGUGGAUAUCAGGGUAUAAAUUAGAUCCGUGAGUUGGGAGGGGGGGGUGGGGGAGGGAAGACCAGUAUUCCCUGGAAUUGUGUUUCGAUGCAAUAUACAUAUAAAGAUCACCUUGUAUUCUCUUUGCCUUCUAAAAGCCAUUAUUAUGAUAUUAGAAGAAGAGGAAGAAAUUCAGGUACAGAAAAUGUGUUUUAAUAGCCUAAACGAUGGUGCUUGGUGAGUCUUGGUUCUAAAGGUACCAAAUGAGGAAGCCAAAGUUCUCAAACUGCUGCAUACUCUGACAAGGAAAAUCUAUUUUUGUCUUCCGAUCUACAUGUAUGACCUAAGUCAGGUAAAUACACCUGGUUUACUUUAACAUUUUUAUGCAGACAGUCUGUUAUGCACUGUGGUUUCAGAUGUGCAAUAAUUUGUACAAUGGUUUAUUCCCAAGUAUGCCUUAAGCAGAACAAAUGUGUUUUUCUAUAUAGUUCCUUGCCUUAAUAAAUAUGUAAUAUAAAUUUAAGCAAACUUCUAUUUUGUAUAUUUGUAAACUACAAAGUAAAAUGAACAUUUUGUGGAGUUUGUAUUUUGCAUACUCAAGGUGAGAAUUAAGUUUUAAAUAAACCUAUAAUAUUUUAUCUGA